CUUUCUUCUCGUAUGUUCUUCAUCUUCCUCUCUCAUGGCUUCUUCUUGCCUCAGUCCUAGUCAGUUGCGAGCUACUCCUUCUCGCCAUGAAGUAUAUAUAGAGAGUGCUUCCCUUGCUCUGACCGCUCUCGGUUUUCGGGCCGGUCUCUUUGCUAGUAAUAAUUAUCUUAGCAAUGGCUAUACACCCCGUCUUUUCUCCUCACAGUUGCAUCAGCUGGGCGACCUUAAUAACCGAGAUCGUUUGGAGAAUGUCUGCACUAUCGGUAUCCGCGAGAAGUGGUUUGACUCCUUUGCUUUAUCCACACCCGGUCAGUUCUACGACUUCCUUAGCUUCCUCAAGACGCAAAAAGGUCAAGAGGCUUUGCACAAGAUGCACACGCGUGAGAAGCUGGUGAAGCGCGGUGGUGGUGCCUUAACGGCUUCUGAUAUGGGGUUCGUUGCUAUGUUUCAUGCACAGCAGAAUGAUAUGUCUUCUACAAUUAGUUCUGGACGUGCUGAAAUUGAAGCCAGAUUGGCUAAAGCUGAGUUAGUUGUCCAACGGAUUCGUGAUGAGUUGAAGGAUUUCAUCGUCGACACCAAGGCUUAUCUUGCUGAAUGUGGUAGGAAUGGGGUUACUGCACGUCCACUCAGUGAGGCUAUGCUGAUUGAUGUUGUUCGUGAUUUUGGUCCUGAGCUCCGGCAAAGGGCUAUUCUGGCUCACCUUGAGCUCCCUGGGAACCGAUCCGCACUGGAAGACUACUGCAACACCCAGAUUGGCUUUCUUGAGGCCCGCCAGGAUCAUCGAGGCGCCAAGCGUUUUCGUAGCCUCAUGGAUGCCGUGGGUGCUGAAGUUUUUAUACCAGUUUCCGACUCAAAAGAGGGAGGUGAUGGCAAGUCGAAUACCAGUAGAGAUGCUGAGGCCGGGGGCGAGGAUCAAAUCUUCAGUCAGGUUGAUCCAGUUACUGCCUUUGGAAAGCAUACACAGAGGAGGGUGGUCACUUACAAGCCACGACCAACCCUAUCUCGGACAUCGAAGUUGAGUUUUCUCAGCCCAGCGUUGCUGUUGUCCAAUCUGCGCCUCGCCGUAGUACGAGAGCAGCAAGGGGUCGAUCGGCGGGCAAUCCCCGUCGCUAGUGAAAUAGCAAACCGGAAAGUCCACGCGACGAUGCAUCAUGGAGGCAGCUGAUUUGCUGACGCAAUGCGGCAACUUUGUGAUGCCCGUGCCGACUUGACUGAUCACUAUCUUAAAGACCAUUAUACAUUCCCUAUCGCUCAUAAGCUUCUGCACCUCCCUUCCGGGUUGCCAGUUCUGGACGGUACCUCUUGCACCCUGAAGAAUUUCAACAACAUGCGACUUCUGGACCUCUGCUCUUUGCCUUUGGUUGCAAACGUAAAGCUGGCAUGUCAGCUAUGUUAUCUGAAUUUAUAAUGUGUACAAUGAUUAUGAUUCUGGUUUGGAUUAAUUUCUAAGGACUCUUUGCCUUAUUUUGCUGAUUGUGUUGGUUUUGGAUCAAAACUUGUGACCUUUGCAUUUUUAUGUUGGAUUUGUUUUCUGGUUGAUUGGGUUUUGUGACUGAUGAGAAAGCUGUGUUUGGGAUUGAUGGAAUGGU